GUCACAUCAGCAGCAGCAAAUACACUUUCCCUCCAUUAAAUCAAAUGCCCUCCCUUCUUCCCUCAAAGGCUCAAACCCAAAACACCAAUCCACCCACGAGAAGCGCCGUCGUUUUGUUCCCGCCGGUGGCUUGAGCGCUGGAAAUUUUCCCGUUAUUCUGCCGAACACUGCGGUUCUACAAAGUUUUCUGACGAAGUAUUGGGUAUAUAGGGUAACCGUCUGAAUAUGGAGGAAAAUUCUCUUAUCGAUAAACCCAAAAGGCAGAAACUGAGUGAAGAACAAGGUAUUGAUGGGAACAGCAAAUGCAUUGGUAACUUACCCGACGCGGUUCUUCGACACAUUAUUUCCUUUCUUCCCAUAAAAGAUGCUGUCAGGACAAGUGUAGUUUCUAAAAGGUGGAAAUCCCUUUGGACUUCUAAUCCCAUUCUAUGUUUUUGGAAAACCUUGCCUGCUAAGAGAACACUUCUCAUGAAUUUUGUGGAAAGAGUGAUUUGUCUUCGGGAUGACUCUGAUAUAAAAGAAUUCACUCUCCAUUGUGACGUGCAAGGUGAUGCAUCUCGGGUUAAGUCAUGGAUAACUGCUGCAGUAAGGCAUAAUGUUCAAUCUUUGUGUAUCUGUCUUUCGAAGUUGAGAGGACAAUUUUCAUUGCCUCGUUGCGUGUUUACUUGUGAGACACUGGAAAGCUUUUUCCUUGAUAUGCCGUGUAUCCUCAAAGUUCCUCCUAUAAUCUGUUUCUCAAAUCUAAAGGUCUUGAGUAUCCAAAGUGUUACAUUUUCGGAUGAUUACACAACCCAGCAGUUUUUUUCCGGUCUGCCUGUCCUUGAGAUGUUGUUUUUAGAAGAAUGCAGAUGGGGGUGUCUUAAAGUUCUGAGUAUUUGUGCCCCCAAGCUUCAUUCUCUAGUCAUAAGAGAAGCUGAUAUUCUGAGUCAGAGUGAUUCUGAUGGUUGUCAGGUCACUGUUUUUGGAGCUAGUCUCAAAGAAUUUUUUUACACUGGUGAAUUCUUCAAUGAAUAUUGGUUAUAUAACUCGUUCUCAGUAGAAAGGGCAGAAAUUGAUGUUAGUUACUCUGAUAAGAGAGCAAGACAAGUUUCUUACCGCAUGUUUAAGGUUCUUACAGGGCUCCCUAAUGUAAAAGACCUAAGACUGUACUGUUCUGCAGUUGAGGUUCUAAAAUAUGCACCAGAACUCCUACAUAGGAUGCCCAUCUUCAAUAGCCUGAUAUAUUUGGAAUUGGGGUCAAUAAAUCUGGCCUGUGCAGCACUAUUGAAGAUAUUGCAAAAUUCUGUGUGUCUUGAAACUUUGAAAUUUUUUGAGGUCAAUCUAUUCUCCGGUCAUGAGAAAGAUGAUAUGAUACUGGAUCCAGUGCCUCCAUGUUUCUUUUCACAUCUCAAGAGCAUUGAAAUAGAUAGUUAUUCUGGAUAUAAGAAUGAGCUUUCUGCUGUAAAAAAUUUGCUAAAAAAUGCAGUGGUCUUGGACAACAUAGUUAUAUCUUUAAACCAUUUUGCAAAGGAAUUAGAGAAGCAAGAAGUUUGUAAACAGUUGUUAGAGCUGCCUAAAGGGUCACAAAAUUGUAAUCUCGCUUUGAUAUGAGCCCUAAUUUAGCCUUUACUCUCUGAAAAGCUAAUAAUUCCUGUUUUUUGGAAGAUGGGAAAGUAUGGCUUAUUGCCCUUCUACCCUACCUAGGUAACUUGCUGUUAUGUAAUGUUCAUUUGUGAUAAUUAGUUUUGAAUCCUCCAAACUAUAAGCUUGUGUUCAA